GCUGGCUUGUGUAUGUCGCUGUGUGCUCCGUUUUAGGGAAAGCGUGGGUGAGCUCUGCAGCCAUGCCAUGGUGAGCGACAGGUAGCUGUCCCCAGAGGAGGAGUGACCGGCCAUGAAUGGAGUGACCUAUGAUGAUGUACAUAUUCACUUCUCUUGGGAAGAGUGGGCUUUGCUGGAUCCUUCCCAGAAGAGUCUCUACAAAUAUGUGAUGCGGGAGACCUACAGGAACCUCACUGCUAUAGGCUGCAGUUGGGAAGACUGUAAUAUUGGAGAAGGUUGUCAAAGUUCUAGAAGACAUGAAAGGCAUGAAAGAAGUCAUACUGGAGAGGAACACUAUGAAUGUAAUCAGUGUGGUAAAGCCUUUGGAAGUCAUGGUCAUCUUGAAAUACAUAAAAGAACACACACUGGAGAGAAACCCUUUGAUUGUAGUCAAUGUGGCAAAGCCUUUGCACAACACAGUUAUCUCCAAAAACAUAAAAGAAUACAUACUGGAGAGAAACCUUACAAAUGUAAUCAAUGUAGCAAAGCAUUUGCACGUCAUAGUCAUCUUCAAAGGCAUAAAACAACACAUACUGGAGAGAAACCCCAUGAAUGUAAUCAAUGUGGCAAAGCCUUUUCCCGGCACAGUUAUCUCCAAAUACAUAAAAGAACACAUAUUGGAGAGAAACCUUACAAAUGUAAUCAAUGUGGUGAAGCCUUUGCAUGUUAUAGUCAUCUUCAGAUGCAUAAAAUAACACAUACAGGAGAGAAUUAUGAGUGUAAUCAGUGUGGUAAAGCCUUUGCGUGUCAUAGUACUCUCAGGAUGCAUAAAAGAAUACAUACUGGGGAGAAACCUUACAAAUGCGAUCAAUGUUGUAAAGCCUUUGCUUGUCACACUCAUCUUCAAAUACAUAAAACAACACAUACUGGAGAGAAACCCCAUAAAUGUCAUCAAUGUGGUAAAGGCUUUUCCCGGCACAGUUAUCUCCAAAUACAUAAAAGAACACAUACUGGAGAGAAACCCUACAAAUGUAAUGAAUGUGGCAAAGCCUUUGCAUGUCAUGGUCAUCUUCAAAUGCAUAAAACAACGCAUACUGGAGAAAAACCUUAUGAAUGUAAUCAGUGUGAUAAAGCCUUUGGACGUCACAAUCAUCUUCAAAGGCAUAAAAGAAUACAUACUGGAGAGAAGCCUUAUGAAUGCAAUCAAUGUGGUAAAACAUUUGCACAUCACAGUUAUCUCCAAAUACAUGAAAGAACACAUACUGGAGAGAAACCUUAUGAAUGUAAUCAAUGUGGUAAAGCCUUUGCAUGUCAGAGUAGUCUCAGAAUACAUAAAAGAAGACAUACUGGAGAGAAACCUUAUGAAUGUACUCAAUGUGAUAAAGCCUUUGCACAUCUUAGCAGUCUCCAGAGACAUAAAAGAACACAUACUGAAGAGAAACCAUACAAAUGUAAUAAAUAUGAUAAAGUCUUUGCAUAUAUCUACAGCCUUUGAAAUCAUGAGAAACAAUCAUCACAGAAAAACUAUAAAUGUAGUGAGUGUGGCAGUUUUGUACUUCAUGGUAGUCUAUACAAGAGUAAAACUUUUAGUGUUUAAUUGGUCUGUUAAAGACUUUGCAUAUCACAAUAAUCUUUGAGAAGCUGAAAGACUUCGUACUAAGGUACUCUGACUAUAAAGGAUUUGUUAAGAUAUGUAGCCAGCACACUUACAUUCAAUUACAGAAGAUUAUUUAUUGUGGAGAAAAAAAAUCUGACAAUUGUCAACAAUAUGUUCAAGCAUUAUGAUGUCUCUCUUUAUUUUGUUUGUACCUGCAAACUUAUGUGGACAAAAGCCCUGUGAACUUAAAUGAUAAGGUAACCCUUUAGAUUUCACACUUCAAUUACGUGAAAUAACUCAUUCAUGUGUAAAACUUUAUGGAUGUAUAAUAGUGCCUUUUCUGUUGCUGGGAUAAAACAUAAUGUCUAAGUCACCCUAUGAAAGAGUUGGCCCUUGGUUGCAGAGGGAUAAAUGAUCACCAUGAAAGUGGCAAUGCAACAAGUACCAGAUAUGGCAGCUAAAGCAGGAAGCUAAGAACUUACAUCUUCAAUCUGCAGCAUGAAACACACAGGAGGAACUGAAAAUGAUGUGUGGGUGUAAACUCUCAGAUCCAACCCCCACUGAUAUUUCUUCCAGCAGGGUAGCAUUUCCUAAAUCUUCCCAAAUGAUACCACCAACUAAGAAGGAUUGAUUUUUCUGAUUUCAUUCCUACUUGCUUAUUUGUUUUAAUUUUAAUUAUGUGAUGUCAGUGUGUCUUUGUGUGUAUAUGGGCAUGUGCAUGCUGGUUCCCAAGUAGGUUUAGACCAUUGGAUUUUCUUGUAGCAGGAAUUACAGGAUGUUGUCCAAAACCUGACCUUGGUCCUUGGAUUAAACUUGUCAUAACUUCUUGGCUCUGUCUCUAUCCCUGUAAAUACUUUAAGGCCUUUUAAAAUCAUCUUUAUAUCAGGAGAUAGGGAAGAAAAACUCUGUUCAUGUAAAUGAUUUGUUAAAGAGUUUAUACAUCACAAUUGUCUUUAGUUUCAAGAAAAAAAUCUUUUAUCUUCUCUUUUUCAUCAUAGUCUUAAAGGGAGUAAAUUAUUUGCCAUGUUCACUCAAGACUGAUGGUGGAGACCACUGUAUUGUGUUUUAUAUUUUGUAACAUUUGAGCUAGAUAUUAAGCAUGAUAUAUGUGUGGCAAAUCCAUUUACUGAAGUAUGUAUUAUGGUUUCUAUAAUCCACCUGUGGCUUUUGUUUAUCUUCUAUUGUGCUUUUAUUUAGUGAUAGGUAUUUUCCAGCUGUAAUGUAUAGAAUGACAUACCCAUCAUCUAAGUGGUCCAUUUUUUAUUAAAUAUCAGGCAGUGUGACUGUAAGAGGGUGGUGGGUUGUUACUCCUAGCUUUGUUUUUCAUAUUUACAAAUUCCUUUGAAAUGUUUGUUAUCCAGUAUGACUUGUAUGUCAGUAAUUAGUCAGGGGAUACAUUUGAACUCAUGACAGUAUGUGUCAGCCUCCUGAGUACAAGUCCAAGCAUAGAUGAUGUACCACCAAUGUUUGCUAUUUUGUCAACAUGUUUUUUGUUAAAAUGCUUAAUAGAAGAGAAUAUAAGAAACAUUAAAUACCUCAUAUGUGUA